CCCUACUUGAAAACGUCCUCCCUACAAAGGGAUUUCCUUUUUGCCAGUGGCUCCGACGAGUCGGGAUGCGAGGCUGAUAUGUUGGAGGGCGCGGAUGGGGGCCGGCACUCGCCGCCCCGGCCGCAGCAAGAGCCCAUCAACCUAAAGAAUGAGCAGGCGGAGUCGGACCGUGAAAGCGGCGCGAGUUCGCCGGAGGGCGGCGGCGGUCGCGCGCAGCUAGCCGAGCCGCGGACCCCGUCGCCGCGCGCGCGCACCCCGCACCAACCGCACUUGAAUGGCUCCAUGGCAUCGAUGUUUCAAAACCUGCAAAACCUGGCCAACAUGCAGCAGAGCAUGCCAAUGUCACAGCAACAGAUGUCCCAACAAAUGUCUCAAUUGGCUGCCAAUCUCCAAGGCCUCACGUCCAUGCCAUCCAACCCUGUCAUCAACUCACCGCUGAACUUGAGCGUUAGUGCACCAGGUAUGGGCUCUCCCAACCCAGUAGGAAACAGCAACAUGCUCCCGCCAGCCAUGCCAUCACCGAUGCCGCAGCUUAUAUUGGCGUCAGGACAGCUUGUUCAGGGCAUACAGGGCGCGCAAUUAUUGAUACCGACAUCUCAAGGCAUAGCGACGCAGACCAUCUUAACGAUCCCGGUAAAUCACGUCAACUCGAACGACCAAAUGGUGAAUUUAGCGUUGAACAACGGCCAAGUAGUGUCCACAUCCCUAGCCAAUCUCCAAGCGAUGGCCCAACCUCACCAGUUACUGAACUCCAACCAGCAACAGACGCCAAACAUUCGGCCAAACAUGUUAAAUCCAACGCUGUCGAAUGCCCUUCUAAAUCAGGGUUUGCCAAAUUUUUUGUCCAACGGCGCCACCAAUGCCCAAGAACUGCUACAGGCUCUACAACAACAACAACCGCAAACGAAUCACAAUCUUCUGCAAACGGUUCAACAGAAUAAUAUGUCGCAGCAAAUGCAAGGUAGAAGAUCGUCUUCGCCGAGACCUGACAGACAUUAUAAGGAGAGAGAAAACUUCGAGCGGUUCGCAGGAGGCUCUAGGGAAAGGAAUGAAAGGGAGAAUUCUGGAUCAUCAGCGCUUAACAGUAUUAACAGGCUCGCAGCAUCAAACGGCGAGAUAACAAUCACAACAUCUCAUUCGAACGCGGGCACGACAAGCAGCACUGGCAGUGUGGGCUCCGCGCCCACGGCCUCGCCGCACCCCCCGGUGAAAUUGUCACCCGGCUCCGUGAAGUCACCGGCCCAUGAUGAUGGAGAUUUACUGGCUGAUUCGCCAAAUCAACCUACCAUCAGUCAGUCAUCCGGCAACGUAGUGGACGGCAUUAACCUAGAAGACAUAAAAGAAUUCGCCAAAGCUUUUAAGUUGCGGCGAUUAGGUCUCGGGCUAACGCAGACGCAAGUAGGGCAGGCUCUCUCUGUCACCGAAGGGCCGGCAUACAGCCAAAGCGCUAUCUGCAGUGCCCUGGCUUCGCAGAUGCUAGCAGCUCAGCUGUCUUCACAACAACAAAACAUAUUUGAGAAAUUGGAUAUAACUCCAAAAAGUGCGCAGAAAAUCAAGCCGGUGCUUGAACGUUGGAUGAAGGAAGCCGAAGAGAGGUACGCAUCAGGACAGAAUCAUUUAACAGACUUCAUAGGCAUGGAACCGAGUAAGAAACGCAAACGGCGGACCUCCUUCACACCUCAAGCUCUGGAACUACUCAACGCACACUUCGAAAGAAACACUCAUCCUUCUGGCACCGAAAUAACCGGUCUCGCACAUCAGCUGGGCUACGAGCGAGAAGUCAUCAGAAUAUGGUUUUGUAACAAACGGCAGGCUUUAAAGAACACCGUUAGAAUGAUGUCAAAAGGAAUGGUCUAAAAAUAAAGUAGGACAUUUAGAUAACAUCGGAUUAUCGUAACAUCUAUAGGAAAUAUAUUAAAAAAUGAAACCUCAGCUGAUAAGUACCAAGUGUGAUAUUAAAUACAUUUUCGUUCGU